AUGAUGACGAUGCUGGUUCUGGAGCCUGGUCAAUUCAGAGUUCAGGUAAUCUAUGGGUCAAAAAACACGGCUCCCACGCGAAGAUUGGGUAUUUUCGUAGUGGAUGAAAUGCAAGGAGAAAUCAUUUUUUUAUUUGACGAUUGUCACUUGGUUGUGUCUUUUAAAGCCUUAUCAGGCUUUCCUUGGUUGCCACCUUCAAAAAGUGGUAUAGGAUUUUGGAUUAAGGGUCGCGAGAAAAUGGCAUUUGUUGUUGAGUUUGAGAAUCCUGAAAGCAUGAAGCAGGUGCACGAACUAUUGAAAACAAAAUAUUUGGUUAGGAGGUGCUUUGACCGAUGCGCGCUAGAUUCUGCACUGGAACCGAGGGCAAAACGAUCCAGGUUAUCUAAUCCAUUAAGCGGUAUUACACAUGGUUCUCUGCAGGUUGAAUACCCUUUAAUCCGAUCGAAAAAUUUCAUCGCAACGCGAGUGAAUUUGACAAGCUCCAAUGAAAAAGGUCAUCGUGGCAGUAAACAUAUUAGCGCUUUGAGAAUUAAUAACGUGGAAACAUCUGGAUUCGUGAAUCUUGGUAACACAUGCUAUAUGGGCUCCAUGCUCCAAGGCUUGUUCGCGGAUGUUAUUUUUGCAAAAGAUCUUUUCAAAUUUUGUAAAAUGGUCGAGGAACUUGGCUUGAAUUUGAAUGAAGAAAUGCCAUUAAGCUUGGCAAUUGCUAAUCUUGCAAGCCGACGUCAUCGCGCUACAAAUUAUUUGAAAAUGGCUCUUCUAGCGAUGAUCCAAGAAAUGUCAAAUUUAAAUCUCCAUGGCGAUGCGCAACAGGAUGCUCAAGAAUUUUUAGCUAAUAUUUUGAAUAAAAUGCAAGAAGAGUGCGAUAAGAUAUUGUGCAAACAAUAUAACAUUGAGGAUAAAGAGGAACGAAGCAAAAGAAACCCAGUCACAUCGAAUUUUGCCUUUGUCAUGGAAUCCAUUAUAAGAUGCAGAAGUUGUAACGCUGUUACGAAGAACAAAGAAGAAAGUGUAAUUUUGCCAGUCUCGAUCCAAAUGGUGGACCAAGAUGGUGUUGGAUGUCUCAUUGUAUUUAUCAAGCGAUAUUCCUUCAAUGCAUGCGCUGCUGUAAAACGUGAUGAUGAAGUGGGAGUUCCGCUGUAUCUGACAUUGACUGAAGAUUUUACCGAAGGAGCAGCUCCGUUUCCACCUUUGUCACCAACUACCAUGGAUAUCGAUUUCUCAUCUGCCAAGAUGCUCAAAAUAAAUUUGUUUCGGUAUAUGAGAAAAUUUGUCAACCGCACACCCACCGAUGCAAAGGGAGUGAGCAGCUCAUCAGUUGGAGCUGCCGAAUCAAGUAAAACUGGAACUCCAGAAUUUGUUAUAAAAUCUUCAAUCCCAACCUCCUCCGCGGCAGUCUUUCCGGAAAUUAUUCACACUGAAAGUUGGAAAGCGUUGAAGGUUGAUGAUGAGGUUGCAUCAAAUAAACACUUUCCACCAGGUCCUGUUUCCCGUAGAACAACCGGUAAUAAGCUUGAUAUGCAAUCAAAAUCGUAUAAAGUUCCUCUAAAUAGCAUGGACAAGAAGACUAAUAAAAAAGCUAUGUCUGGCGAUAUGCUUCGCAGUGAUGACAGAAAUUCUGACGAUGAACUCGUGUAUCCUAUGCCUGUUUCGCACAACAGUAUUCUUGAUCAUGAUAACAUUCAACCAAAUUUCCUUCCCACUUCGUCCGAAGAUGAAAACAGAAAUUUUGCGAGUAAGCGUGUAUAUCCCUUCACUAAAGUACUAAUAAAAGCAAAGCGAGCGGAGGAUAAGGAAAAAGGAAAGUUGGUUGAUUCGAAAAGUUUGUCAAAUCAACAAUGGGAUGAAAAUACUGGGAGAUCUAAUUGGUGUAACCCCUCAGCUAAAAAUGAUGCACAGUCUAGCAAGAAGGACGAUCUAGUAGCCGUCGCAGCUGAUCUGAGCAAGCUUGCUGCAACUAACGUUUCACGAGUAACUAUCGAACAUAGAGAAAAAGAAGUUGAAGAAGUUGACACGAGCAAGGAAGUAUCAGUAGUUCCAUACAAACCAAAAUCUGGAGAGUGCAAUGCAGUUUCUGACAGUACUGAUGGCCACGGAAAAUCGAAACAACUUACUGCUGUACAAGAUCAUAUGCUUAAUAUCAGAGUUGACGAGAAUUAUUUUGCCGACUUAAAGUCGAAAAUUAAUGUUCUUACACCGGAUGGCAGAGGUCCUUUUCAACCAGAAUCUACUUUAAAAGCAGGGCGUUUGCCACGAGAGCAGAGAUUGCUUAGCUCUUUUUUUGCUCAAACACAGCGAAAUCUGUCACGCAUUGACAAUCCGACAUCAAAAGGCGACUAUACAGAUGAGGAGCUUUACUUCAUGACUGAAGAAGAACAAAUCAUGGCGGCUUGUGAACGUAGCAUUGCUGAUCAGUUGAAAUCCUCUCAAAAAGGCAAUGAGAUUUCUGCGGAAAUAUCGCAGGAAAGCGAUGAAGAGAGUUUGCGUAUACAGGAUGAACCGAUGAGCCAGGAAUUAUCGUCUCCUGAUUCUGAUGAAGAUUUAAAAUUGGACGUAGAAGUGGUUGAAGUAGUAGAUUGCUCACAGAAGUUUCACAAACAAGAAAAUGAACAAAGCGUUGAUAAAUUGAUGAGCCAGAAAUCAUCAUCUCCUGUAGCUAAUGUAGAGGCAGAAAUGGUCGCAGAAACAAAGAAUUACCCAAAGAAAUUUAACAAGGAAGGAGGAAAAUUUGAAGGUGGGCGUAAUUUAUAUUCUAACAACGCGCAAGAAAUAGCCGAAUGCGAACAUGAAGAUAAGGUGGGAAUUAGGAUUCUAGAAAAACAAGGAAAUACUGAUGUAAAUGAGAAAGCGGUACAAGGAAAUAACCAAAAUACUUUUGGAAUUGAAGGUGAGGAUUUGAGCAAGCCGUCUAAAUCUCUUGAAAACGUACUGCCAAAUACUGAUAGCACCGAUUCAUCUGCGUACAAGGAUACGAAUCAAAGUGAUGAAAACUAA